AUGGGGGAUGUGUCGCCCAUUUCAGAGCUUGUCGGUCUUCCGAUCAGGCUCAUCCCGCAGCCGGAAUCUAUCUUGCCGACGCCACUUGUUGUGCAGGCCGAGAUGGCGAUGGGCUGGGUAUCCAAAGAGCCCUUCACGGCAGACUUGAUGAUUUCCCCGACUAUGAAGAAGAGUCCGCGCUUUUGGCAGCUUCCAAGGACGGUCGUCAUCAAGCGUGAAGGCCGCAAGAAGCUCAAGACGUACAUAGUGGAACUGCUGGCGGUGUAUUGCCUUCACCUGCGCACGGUCGGGACGGACACUGUGCCCUCGCCAGAGCACUUCCGGGAGUUCUUUGAGUAUUAUCGUCGGGAUGUGAUAAAGGUCAUUGGCGGGGCAAGAGCUCAACAGUGGAAGCAUGUGAAAUGGCCGCUGUAG